AUGGCAGAACGCGAUCCAGACGGGAUCUCGAUGAGAGUCAAAGUGCAAUGCAGUCGGAAUCCUGUGAGUGACAGAAUAUCCAAUCAGGAUGGUGCCCGGGAGUUCGGUCUUAUGUACACCAACCUCUGCAGAGUGAAUGUGUCAAGCAGGUACAUGAGUAUAGUCUUGGCGUAUUAUUCUCACCUCUUCAUCGGCAUUUCCGUGGUUUCAGUAUCACAUAGCUGCCUUAAAAGACGAGGUUCUGAGUCCGUUGAUGUCGCAAAGAAAGAGAGCCCAAAUAAGUUUUCAUCAACGAAGAGCAGCAGUUCCGUUGAGCAUCCACAUGAGAUAACACCGAAGUCGUCAGUCGACUGGGAUAAUUCAAAGGAUGACAAAGCUCCCGUACGGAAAUCAGCAGAUUCUUCCACAGCAACUGCAAUUGGCUCCGAGGGAAGUGGAGGACCUGUGAGUUAUUUCCCAACUUCUAUCACAUUUCAUUUACUUAUCGAGCAGGCUGCGCGAAAACAGCACUAUGUGAGAGCGAAGAACGAGUAA